CCCGCCCUCCCGAAGACCCGCCCUUUUUCUUAAGCACGACGGCGUCACCUGACCUGCCCCCUUGAUAGAAAGCAGGAAGGGGCGUGUGCGCGAAGGGGCGGGGCGCGAGAAGAAAGCGGCGGGGAUGCCGGGAGCGGGGCGGGGAAAAGGCUUGUCAGUCGGAUCUCGCGAGAGAGGACGGAAGCCUGUGGGAGCCCGUGGCCUUUAAAGUGCGAUUCAGCCCUUUCCUCCGGGGCUAGUUUGUAAACACGGCUGGGCUCCGGGCUCCCGGGUGGUUGAAAGGACCAUGAAUUAGAGACCUGGAAAGAGAUACUAGAUGGCAACUUGGGAAGUACUGCUUGCUUAGCAAGAGCUUAAGGAUUCCUGUCAACAGAGUAAAGCUCAUGGCCCACCAGCUACAAAGUAUCUUUGCCAUGAAACAGAGGACAUGAUAAGCUGUUUAACUUAAUGAAAUUCAAGUUACAUGUGAAUUCUGCCAGAAAGACACCCUGUGGGAAGAAUAUUCUGCACUCUGCCCCAUACAAGUUCACAGUAAUACAAGGACCUGUGGAAUAUGAGUGAUGACAAACCCUUUCUAUGCACUGCCCCUGGGUGUGGCCAGCGUUUUACCAACGAGGAUCAUUUGGCUGUCCAUAAACAUAAACAUGAGAUGACACUGAAAUUUGGUCCAGCACGUAAUGACAGUGUCAUUGUGGCUGAUCAGACACCAACACCAACAAGAUUCCUAAAAAACUGUGAAGAAGUGGGUUUGUUUAAUGAGUUGGCAAGUCCGUUUGAGAAUGAAUUCAAGAAGGCUUCAGAGGAUGACAUUAAAAAAAUGCCUCUAGAUUUGUCCCCUCUUGCAACUCCCAUCAUAAGAAGCAAAAUUGAGGAACCGUCUGUUGUAGAAACAACUCACCAGGAUAGCCCUUUACCUCACCCCGAGUCUACUACCAAUGAUGAAAAGGAAGUACCAUUGGCACAAACUGCACAGCCCACAUCAGCUAUCGUUCGUCCAGCAUCAUUACAGGUUCCCAAUGUGCUGCUCACAAGUUCUGACUCAAGUGUAAUUAUUCAACAAGCAGUACCUUCACCAACCUCAAGUACUGUAAUCACCCAGGCACCAUCCUCUAACAGGCCAAUUGUUCCUGUACCAGGCCCAUUUCCUCUUCUAUUACAUCUUCCUAAUGGACAAACCAUGCCCGUUGCUAUUCCUGCAUCAAUUACAAGUUCUAAUGUGCAUGUUCCAGCUGCAGUUCCACUUGUUCGGCCAGUCUCCAUGGUGCCUAGUGUUCCAGGAAUUCCAGGCCCUUCCUCCCCUCAGCCAGUGCAGUCAGAAGCAAAAAUGAGAUUAAAAGCUGCUUUAACCCAGCAACACCCUCCAGUUACCAACGGUGAUACUGUAAAAGGUCAUGGCAGUGGAUUGGGUAGGACUCAGUCAGAAGAAUCUCGUCAGCAGUCCUUACAGCAGCCGGCCACAUCCACGACAGAGACUCCGGCUUCUCCGGCUCACACAACUCCGCAGACCCAAAAUACAAGUGGCCGUCGAAGAAGAGCAGCUAAUGAAGAUCCUGAUGAGAAAAGGAGAAAGUUUCUAGAACGAAAUAGAGCAGCAGCUUCAAGAUGCCGACAGAAAAGGAAAGUCUGGGUUCAGUCCUUAGAGAAGAAAGCAGAAGACUUGAGUUCACUAAAUGGCCAGCUGCAGAGCGAAGUCACCCUGCUGAGAAAUGAAGUGGCCCAGCUGAAACAGCUUCUCUUGGCUCAUAAAGAUUGCCCUGUAACCGCCAUGCAGAAGAAGUCUGGCUAUCAUGCUGCUGAUAAAGAUGACAGUUCAGAAGACCUUUCCGUGCCAAGCAGCCCACAUACAGAAGCAAUCCAGCACAGCUCUGUCAGCACAUCCAAUGGAGUCAGCUCAACGUCAAAGGCAGAAGCUGUGGCUACUUCAGUCCUCACCCAGAUGGCAGACCAGAGCACGGAGCCUGCGCUCUCCCAGAUGGUCAUGGCUCCUUCCUCCCAGCACAGCCCUCAGGAAGUUGAUUAAAGACCGUCAGUGCGGCAGCUUUAGAUACUGAUUAGUGACUUCAAAGGGAAAUCAAGGAAAGACCAGUUUGCAUUUAUGCGAAAUCUGUGGUUGUAAAUUUUUUUGUCUUUUUUUUUUUUUUUUUGUCUUUUUUACUUGAAGUUAUAUUUGGCUCUAGAGUUGGUGUAGUAACAGAUGAUCAGACUGAACAAGUUUUUAGUCUCUGGAAGACUGAUUUUGCUUUUUUUAUAAGUAUUGUUAGAUUUAUUAAUUUUUCUGUGCUCAAUGUGUAAAUUGUACCAUAAUUCAUUGUGGGUUGUUUGACUUCUGUUUAGUGGUGUUUUAAUAAAUGGGGGUGUUGACUGAGUCACUCUUCCCACCCCCAUUUCUUUGCCCACCCCUCACCCUGAGCUGUGAUGGUAGUCUUGUUAUCAUUUAUACCAAAGUUCUGCAGAGUUCCUAUUGACUUUGUAAUAUGAACGUAAGGCACUAGGGAAGAAAAGACAGAAAGUUCCUUUUAAUCUGUUUGCCUUUUAUUUUGCACAUUAUGCAAAAGGAAGAAUAUUAGAAACACUUUUUUUUAAGUGAGUAAAAGUAGUAAAACAUUAGUGCUUUGUGCACAUUCAUAGACUAAUCAAAGUUGUUCACCACCCUGCAAUGUUUUUAAGAUUAAGUAGACAAAAAUUUUGGAAUCUUGAGCAUUUCAAAAAAAUGACUUGAUUUUUUAAGUCUUAAAUUCAGUAUUUUAAACCUGUGUUCUUGAGGCUGAAAACUAUGAAAUUAUAUAAUGUAUGAUACAGGGUUGUCAGAUGUCUAGUAAUUUUUAAAAUUUGCUCUUGUCAUUUUGGGGUUUUGUUUUGGUUCUGUUGUUGAGUGUGGUUUGUUUUGUUUUGUUUUGUUUUGCAGAUUUCAGGUAACAAAGUGAGAAGUUUAUGCAUAAUGAAGUAUGGUGUGGUUGCCAGAAAAGCCUACAAUUACGACUUAGAAAUUUAAGACUGUUCCCCUCCUUGUUGUUCUUGUACUUGCGAGCUAACUUGUACUUACUCUUGUGAAAGCACUGUCAUCUUUUAGUAGCCAAUUUUGAUAAUGUUUCUCGUGGAAAAAAAUCAGUAUCUAUCUUUAGAACAAUGUAAUUAUAAUGUGGGAAUGUGAGUGAGUGAGAGAAUGAGUGUGUGUGUGUGUGUGUGUGUGUGUGUGUGUGUGUGCAUCUUCCAAUAGUUUAUGCCAGCGAUCUUUGCUUGAAUGUUUAACGAUGCCUUCAGUGUGAUGCUGGCAGUAGAUGACUGCAGUUUCAGAUGCCAUUACUGUGCAGGCUUGGAGAACUAACAUUCCAUGAAGUAGCUUGUUCUGAUGAGAUGAUUGUAGUUCAACUUUGCUCAUUACCCAGUCAUCUGUGGAAUACUGAGUUUUCUAAUGUGCCAUUAUCUAUUUUUAUUCUGCAGUUAUGUUCAAAAUACAGUACAAUAUUUUAAAUAGACUAAAUUGUUAAACAUUAAAAAUAAAAAAGUAGUAGAUGUGUGUAAGAAAACUUUGUAAAAUAGUUGAGUCCUACCCAGUAGCAACUUCUGGCGUUCAAGCAGGAUUCCAUUCUGUAAAUACCUCUAAUGUGUUUAUAAUAAGUUGUGUAGUCUGUUCUGCAUCCAUACUACACUAUCACGUGGUCUCGGUGCCAUCUCUUAAUGAGACUGACAUUUCCAAAGCCUGUAUGGAGUACCCUUGAGAGUUCAGGGGAAUCCCCAUCCCAUCUGCCUAAGUUCCAGACUGGGAAACAUGCAUAUAAAUGACAUUUCAGGACUUUUAAGUAAGAAGAUAAUAGGAACUUUAUUACUUGGCUUAUUAAAAGUGAGAGCAUUUUGGUUGCUGAUUCUAUUUGUGUCUAUUACUUUCAACCUGAUCUCAUAUUUAAAGUAAUCAGUUUUAAUCAUGGUUUUGUCAUAGUUACGCUAAGGAGUUGAUCUCAAAGGCACAAAACAUGAAUUCUCCAGGCAAGCUCUUUUCGUUGUAGAUGGAUAAGGUUGGUCAGAGCCUUCAUGUCUCACUCUCUGCACCCUCAACAUUUUUCUUUCAUCUUCAGAUUUGUGAAAGCUUCGGUUCUUUGGUAACAGAUUCUUGCAACUGUAAAGUAGAAGUACAUAGAUGUGAGAAGUCAUGUAACGGUUAACGAACUUAACACGGUUGACAAAGCUCUCAUUGUAAAUCAGUCUGUACUCAGCAAAUAAAAAUCAUUGUUAGUUGUAUAAACACAAAAAAUUUCCAUUUUGACUUCCCGGAUAUCACACUACUUCUGUACCUAGCAUUUUGAGUCCUUAUAUUUGCAAUGUUACACAAACUGUACUAUUUUCUUUUAUGUACAGUUUGCAUGACUAAACCAUCAGAGAAUAAAUUCUAUCUUUAAAUUA